UGUGACGGGGCCACAGGAGCUGGGGUCCAGGGGUCCCCCUUGCGGGCCGCGGGAGGCGCCAGGGGCGCGGGCUCUGGACACGUGAGUGCCGCGCGUCCAGGACGAGGAGCCCGCCCAGGUCUACCCCGUGAGUGUGCCAGCCCCGCUCCUGCCUGGGCUGCGGAGAGGAGUUCGGGGUCUUCGGGUUCCAGCAGUGAUAAAAGGGCUGAUUUAGAACCGAGAGAAGGACCAAGACAUCCACACCCUUCAGAAAUCACUGCCAGACAGUCUGCAGAUGAGCACAUUGUUUACAUGCGCAAGGUGAGGAAAGAGCAGAGGAAAUUAAGUAAGCAGUUUAUGAGACCGGCUCCCAUCCCAGAACCUGGCCUCCUGGUGGUAUUAAUUUAUAUUUCUUAUAAGGAGGUAUAAAUUUAUGGCAUUUCUACUUGAAGAUCCUUCAGAUAAUUAAGGACAACUGUUACUUUCCUCCAUUUCCUGACUUUUCUUCAAGUGGCCAUCUUGAUAAAGCUGGUUGUUUAUGCAGAAGAAACCAUGUUCCAAACCAAAAUACAUGGAUUUUUAACAUCAAGUGGCAUUUCAUGGAUUGACUUCAUUGAAAAAUAAAGGGAAUACUCUGCCAUUUCAACAAAAUAAACACAGUGCAUGCAUUUAACUACCAACC